UUAGGAUAACCAAAAGUCUUAACUUCACAAAAAGGGUUUCAGUACACAGUUAGACAGGCAAACAAUCCUAAAAGUGACAGACAAAAGAUGAGAUCAAAAACAGGGGUGAAUUGCUAAAAAACAUGAACACUAACUUUACGUAAAAAAUGCUGGAAUGCUUGACACAAGCUGCAACGGACGAGCUGGCACAGGGAGCAGGGAGCACACAGAUUAAAUACACGAGGGAAGCAGGGUAAUUGGCCACGGGUGCAGCCCAUCAGGGCAGGGCAGACAAUCACAAAAGCAGGAAACACACAAGGUGCAGAAAGUGGGGAUCUGAAGCAAGAAGAGAGGCUGCUGAUGGGAUGCAUUUGCUGGUGCUUGAUGCAGCUAAGGGAGACCACUAGGUGGAGUGAGACAUGCUCACAACUCCCAUGUGAACUUUGGCACUUGCAGUCCACCUGGAAUGUGGGCCAAACUCGGAUCUCAAGGUGCAGUCAUAUGACUUCCGGAUGGCCAAAUGAGACUCCACGGUGCUUGAAGUGAUUCGCUGAAACUCAUGCAACAAGUUUUGUGAUCUUGAACCAGUCGGCUCCUGUUGGCACAAGUCAGUCCUGUCCUGGUUGGUUUCGGAUUGCUGGGAAGAGACGCGCUGUUUGGGGAACAGUCGCUUACUCUGCAGGAGGAUGACAGUGCGUUAAAGGCUCUGUGGAUGCAAAAAGCACUGCUCCGUCACCUGUCCGCGCGUGGUGUGACCGCGAGUGCAGGCAUAGAUGGAGGAUCUGAGACACGGGAUUCCGCGGGACACAGCGGGAGAGGAGACGAGCUCAUCGGUCAGUCAGCAGGCAGAUGUCCGCUGCCGGAGCAGAGUAGCAGCGGUCAGCUCUCCCACUCUGUCCGCAGCACGUCUCACUUUACCUGGAGUCAUGGACGCUGAGGGGAGGGUGGACGAGUCAAGACUGAGGAUGCAUAUUUUCAAAAACGGUGGCGUGUGUCCCUCUGAGCGUGGCCUGGUGUGGCGUUUCCUGUUUGGGAUGUACCCGUGCAGCUCCACAGCUUUAGAGCGCUCCCUGCUGCAGGAGCAGAUGGUCGUACGUUACCAGGUCAUGAAGAGAAAGUGGCAGCAUUUCCUUCCUUCAGCCGUGCGGAUGCACCUCAACGGCACUGACGCUGAGCUGGUUGCAGCAGUCAGGUACUUUGACCAGAGGCAGGCACAGACCCAGCAGCAGACCCAGGACCGGUCUGAAGAAGUCAGAGACAGACUGGCUUUCUUGGAGCUUCAGGCGCAGAUACUGUUUGAACGGGUUACAUUUGACCAAGAGGAGCUGCGGGAAGCAACACGAAUCAUUGACAAGGAUGUGCCAAGAACUAAUAGAGACCUCAGCUAUUACCAGGGUGAAGGUUCAGGCAAUCUACUGGUGUUACGAGAUAUCCUCAUCACUUACGCUGCUUUCCAUCCAGAGGUCAGUUAUGCCCAAGGAAUGAAUGACCUGUGCAGUCGGUUCCUGGAGGUUCUCGACUCUGAGGUCGACACUUUCUGGAGUUUCUCCUGCUACAUGGAGAAGUUUUCCAAGGACUUCAGGGCUGAUGGUCUGCACAGGAAAAUAGAGUUGGAGGCCGCUCUGUUAAAGGAACUGGACCCUCAGCUUUACGCUCACUUGGUCACAGACAGCAUGGAGAGCUUCACUUUCUGCCACAGGUGGCUGCUGCUGGGUUUCCAGAGGGAGUUUGAACACAGUGACGCAUUACGUUUGUUUGAGAUCCUUAGCUGCGACCACCUGGAGCUGAUCUCCCAGCAAGUAGACCGAGCCCGUUAUCAGGAAAGGCUGGCACAAAAUUGCAGCACAGGUGAAACAAAGAGCUCAGAGGACAGUUUAGAGUCAGAGCCACAGGCAAUCAACACUGACUUCACCUUUGAGCUCUUCAUCUGUGCAGCCAUCCUGUUAGAGAACAGAGAGUCUCUGCUGCGGUGCCGAGACGACGUGCAGCUCAUCCAGUUUACCAGCAGCCUUCAGGGAACACUGGACCUGAACAGCACGCUGAAGAAAGCUGAGCACCAUUUGUUCAACUACUGCAAGCGCUGUGCUUGGGACUAUGUGAAUGGACAAUGCAGAGCGCAUAAGAGCAAAGGAGAGGACUUUCUUUAUCAACUCCGUAGUUUACUUGUUUUAAAGUGACAGCUGCUAUUUACAUGUCAAAAAAUACAAUGAAACUGUAAUUUAUACCAAGGGACAUAGGCAGUCCCUAUAUUGAAUGUUGAUGGCACAUAUUAUUUAUCUCAGUUUUUAUUUCUGAGGGAAAUAUAUAUGGCUGCUUACCUUAACUUUUAACUGCUGUUUGUUAUAAAUGUAAAGUAUUUAUUAUAUGACAGUUGACCAACACCAACUGUUAGUUAUUGUUUGGUCGCUCUCCUGAACAGCUAUAUGAAUAUAAUAGAAAAAACUUAAAGGUCAAUAUUUUGGCAGGAGAUAGGAAUCCAAACUUUAUUUUUCUUAAUUUUUUUUUCUUUCCGGGUUAUGCAAUACUCAACAGCUAGAUGAAAACAACUACUCGACAGGCGUGUGUGAACACUAAGAUCUGGUGUGUCGCAACAGGUGGUGUCUGUAACGAACGGCAGUUAUAUUUAAUGCCAGAUGGGUAUGUGUCAGAGAGGCCUAUGUAACAAGAAUAGACGUCCAGGUUUUGAGCUCUGGCAGUGGGACGGUGCAGUAAGGGGAAGGAAAACUUACUGUGUUGUAUAUUAUUAUAGACUGAAACACAAACACUAGAUAAAUAACAUUAAAAAUGAUACCUCAAUAA